UUGCAUUUAUAGUAAUCUGUAUAUUAUAUUAACUCAUUAUUUAUAUGAAAGUGUUUUCUAAUUAACCAUUGAAUGGCUCAAUGUUUUGUACAAUUAAGACAUUGAUGGUAAUAUUGGUGAUACUAAUAAGUGAUGAUUUGCAUUGCGAUUACGAGUGACCUGUGGUUCAAGUAGUGACCAAUUGUGGUGAUAAUUGUUGUCAAUAGUGUUGUGCUAAUCGUUAGUCAAUUGAAUUGAAUUGUAUUAACAGUACUACAGAUAACGUGUGCAUCCAAUGGCAGUGUCGGUGCAGUGAUGGCUCGACUGAUCCGCGAGCAUCGCUCAGCCCUUUCAUACCUACCGGUGCUGUGCUGUCAGCCCUCGACACUCACCAACACUUCACUCUCUCUGCUCUCCUAUUCUCUCCCAUUCUCUCAACUUUUAUUAUGAUUGAAGGAAACGGCGAAAUCCAAUGGACUUUCUCUCAGGUCAAGGGAACUCUCGAGGAUGAAGUGACCGA